AGCCCCGUCAUCAACGUACACUGCGAGUUCGCAUACAGGGGGGUCGAUCGAUCAAGCGGCAAGAAUGGCGGCGACAGGGAGCGCUCAGAGCCGACGGUUCGCCGCGGCGUGCGGCGUUCUCAGCCGCUGCGUCAAGGCGGCGGAGGCGCGGCCGGUGGUCCUCCCCCUCAUGCCCGGAGCGGAAGUGCCCGCGCAAGACGAGCGCGCGGCCGGUCCUGCGCCGGAGCACUCGCAGAUGACCAUCUUCUACGGCGGGCAGGUGCUGGUGCUGGACGAGGUGCCGGCCGACAGGGCCGCCGAGCUGCUCCGUGUCGCUGCUGUCUCAGGCACACCGCGAGGGAGCUGCGAGGCGGCGGACGGCGACCUGCCCAUGGCGAGGAAGGCGUCGCUGCAGCGGUUCAUGCAGAAGCGCAAGGGAAGGCUCGCCGCGCGCGCCGUCCCCUACAGCCGCCCCGACGGCGGCGCCGUCCCCUACCAUCUCACACUUACGCUCUGAUUCGUGUUCGUGCGUGGUAGAGUAGCCUGAGUAAUUUACGGUCCAUGUAAAUGUGAGGCUGGUGUCGAAGUCCAAAUUUUUGACCCACUCGCCUGUUCCCGUCGCUCCGAAUUAUUAUGAUCAGAAAUUAUUGCUGUUGUUCUUAUGA